GCGAGUGAGUGGGCAAGCAGUCGGGGGCUGGCGCAGGAGCGGGUGUUGUCACAGAAGGGGGAGGGUGCCAUCACCGACUUGCUGACGUGGUUGUUUGAAACGUGGUGACGUGGCUGUUUGAUACGUGCUGACGUGCCGGCUAAAGACGUGGAGACGUGGUUGACACGUGGCGACGGGAGGUGUUGACGUGGCAGUUUGACACGUGGCAGUGACGUGGUCGUUUGACAGGACGUGACGAUAUGCGGCUCCUUACGCAUAACAUGCUGACGUGCAAUGUGAAGGGGGUGACAAAGGGUUACCCUCUGAAAAUCGAGGCCGUUCGUCUAGAGAAGAAAGAAGCGGAAUUCAACCCUGAUUUCUUGAGGAGGAUUUUCCCGAAGUUAGAUUGGAAGGCGCUGUACGAGACGGCUCUAAGUCUGGACUUAGACGAGCUUCCGGAGCAGGCAGAGCCGUCGAUGCUGGAAGAUGAAGCGUUCCUUCAGAAGCUCCAUCACGUCCUGCUUGAGGUGAAUCUGGAGGAAGGUGCUCUUGUUUGUCCUGAGACGGGGAGGCGGUUUCCCGUCAGCAAAGGAAUACCGAACAUGCUCCUCAACGAAGACGAGGUUUAGAAUAUAUUCUUGAGUCUCGAGUCUUGAGUGAGAGGGUGGUGCGAAGCUGUGUCGUUUACCGACUCAGUCUCUUGCUUGUCCAGCGUGUCAGAGUUUAAUUUAGCGAAGACGAUAGCAUGGAGGGAAUGCAGCUGAGUUUCAAGCCAAAAGACGAGUCCGGGACAACCUUUGCUACCCCUUUUCACAAGCAAAAAGACAAGUCUAGGACAACCUGUGCUACCAUUACGAGCUCAAAAUGUACGAGUGUUAUUUUGUGAGAUUACCCGGAUCUUAAAUCAUCUACUUGCAUUAACCACCCACGUUCUGUUUCAAAUGCUGUGUGUGUGUGUGUGUGUGUGUAAAGAGGGAAGGUAGAUUUGAUGUCAAAACUUGAGCAAGCUUCGCGCUGGCAAGUGGAUGGCAACGGCUUGAAAGGACCUGUGUGAGAUAUCGACAGACAUGGGGGGUUGGAAUUACCUGAUGUAAAUGUAUGUGCAUGCCCAGUACAUGUCUCACAUCCCCUCACUUUCUGAGGGCAUACUUACACAAGGACUUCUUUUUUUUUAUAUACUAAUUUGUGGAUGUGAUUGCAGUCAGAUGCAUCCAGUUGGGCCGUAAUCGCGGAGAAGAUAGAUACACUUAAGGAAAGUGCUGGUGUGAGUAUGCUUUGAGUUAGGCACAAGGGAGAGAAGUGGAGAGGCCAGGUCUACAGAAAGAGCAGUUCGUCUUUUCAACUUUGGAUUGGCAGGGCAAGAUCAGUCCUGGCGCACGGCAUGAGCGUGGGGAGGAUGUGUAAGGUAUGCCCAAGGCGAGACGCACACACCUUAUAGGGUGACGCAGAGGGAGGCGGCCGGAGACCUUUUAGUAAUAAUCAGGUGAAUCGCUCGAUUGAUUUGGUUUAGCUACUUUUAGUAUGGGUGACUGACUGUUUGCUGGUCAGCUGACUGAGUAACCAACUGAUCGUGUGGUUGACGAACAGUGAGCCGCCUGUUGACUCUCUGAUGCUGUUUUUCUUUUCUUCUUUUUCUUUUUUUAUUUUAUUUUUUUUUACCCACAUGCUGUCAGAUGUUGUGGAAGUUAAUUGGCAAGCAAUCAGGGGAUGGGAAACUAUCUUGAAAUGGACAUGUGUUUGGUUGUCCUGGAUUUGACCUUUUAUCAG